AUGUCUCGCCGUCUGCUUAUUGCUCGCCCGGGGCACAUCUACCUCGCCACUUACAACUCCGCCUCAGCAACCAUCACCAUCGAUCUCGACGAGCCGUUUCCAGGCAAUCCCUCUUGGUUCACUGCAUCUCCGACAGAUCCUGAUUUAUUAUACACUUCUGAUGAGAGAGGUUCGACGACUUAUGCUUUUCGUCUGGAUCUUGAGGCAAAUACGUUGACGAAAGUCGCUCGGUCGGAAGAUGGCAGCAAGGGCGUGUGUCACCUCGCUUUCAACAAAGAGGGGACGAUUAUGAUAGGCACGUCCUGGGCCGAAGGCACAAUCGACAUAUGGAACACGGAAUCCUCAACUCCCAAACUCAUCACGACGAUUCAGUCGAAAGAUCCCGUCGUCGACGCUGGUAGAGUCGCGCGCGCCCACGAGGCCGUGCUUGAUCCCACAGGCCGCUUCUUCAUCGUCAACGAUCUCGGCACGGAUUCGCUGCUCGUGCUCGACGCCCUGCGGCCAGACGUCCCGGUUGUGAGGCGCGCCACCGUGCCGUCCGGUUCGGGGCCGAGACACGGCGUGUUUUAUCCCGCGGGGGAAGGGAAGAAGGCGACGCAUUACUUUUUGCUGUGUGAGACGACGAACCGGGUUGAGGUGUUUAAGCUGAAGUACACGGAGGUGGAUAUCGAGGUUACGCCUGCGGGGGGCUGUUGUACGUUUGUGGACGAGGAUGUGGGUGCGUUUGCUGCGGCGGGGGAGAUUAUGCUUUCGAAGGAUGGGCAUGUUUAUACGUCGAAUCGGUUGAUGACGACGCCGACGGAGACGAUUUCGCAUUUUCGGGUGAAGCCUGAGGGCGAUGAGGGAGAGUUGGAGUUGGAGUUGGUGGGGGAGACGUCGACGCAGGGGAAGCAUCCGAGGAUGUUUAGUUUGAGUAGGGAUGAAAACGAGUUGUUUGUUGGGAAUCAGGAGGGCGAAUGGGCGGUUGUGGUGUUGAGGAGGAGAGAAGAUGGGACGUUGGAGGAGAAGCCUGUUGCGGGGGUUUUGAUGGAGGAUAUUGUGAAGGGAGGAGGAGACGAGAUAGGGCCAAAGUUUGUGCUGGAGGUUGUGUAA